AUGAGAGAGACCAGCGACACAGAGAGCGAGUACGAGGUCCUGUACCCAGGAAGCGUCGCCACGCAGGAAAUCCUGAGCAGCAGCAAGUUUUGCUGCAAGUUCAUGCCCGAAACUGACGUGGUGUCCGACUCGCUGCUUCGUUUUUGCGGUAGCUUCCCCGUGCGCAUGGCGCCGCUGAUUGCGGCCUCGUUGGUGCAGCGGUUCACGAUUGCGCGCUUUAACUGGGCAACUAAAACGUUGCAGUCGUUCUUGGAGGUCGUGUGCUGGACCAGUGUCACGUACGCGACUUACUCGCUCUAUGGCGACGUUCUCCUUGCGUUGGAAGUCGGCACAUUUGUCGGGGCUAUGAUGUCGGUGUGUGACGAAGUCGUGCUGGAGGUCGUGCGCGGCUUGGCACGCAUCAUUCGCAACCAGCCAGGAGGUGGAGACUUGCUACAACGUCUCGGUUUUGAUGUACCGAAAAAUGGAAAAGCACCGACUGACGGACACGAGAUCACGCUCAUCAAGAACGUGGUGUUUGGUUACUUUGGCGUGAUGGCAGUGCGUUCAUUGUGGGAGAACUUUCACGACGUAAAGUUCUUUGCCUUGCUGACGGCUUGUACCGGAGUGGCCUUUGUAGUCACAGCCGAGUUCUUCUCCCUCUGGCUGCCGACACGACGUGUUGGACUGACACUGCAGUCGCGGUUCACAAGGGUUGGACAGAAUUGGCAGCAGCAUAAAUUUCGAUCGUUUGCUGAGAUGCUCUGUUGGACAGUGUCGACAAGCUACCUGUACUAUACCACGGAAGAUUGCUGGUGGUCCUUUCGGAUAGGAACGUUGGUUGCGGUGGGUGCGAGUCUAAGCUCAGGACUUGAUCAUCUCACAGACGUUGACACUAGCUGUAUCGAAGAAAACGAGUACGGCUUCUGGGAGGAGCGAGCUCUGGACGACUCAUACAUGGCCCUGGCGGGUCGCUUAGUGAUCGUUCAGCAUGCACUCAAGUCUUUCGGGCGCUCGGUGGAGACAACGUCUAUGGACAUGUACGAAAACUUUGCCGAGUGA